GACAGUGUAGCUAGUAAGUGAGACUGUAAGUGUUAAGACAUGAAGCACUCUCACUGCAACAAGUUGCUCCUGGUUGCUCAGUUCUUGUGCUCUGCCUCGUAACCGGAGACGCGAGGUGCGACAAGUUAAGCAGCAAUUUCUAUGACUGGACGUGCCCCGGAGUGUACAACAUCGUCCAGCAGCACGUGUUUUCAGCCAUGAGGGAAGAGCUGAGAAUGGGGGCCUCCCUUCUUAGGCUUCAUUUCCAUGACUGCUUUGUCAAUGGCUGUGAUGGUUCAAUCUUGCUGGAUGGUGCUGAUGGCGAGAAAUUUGCACUACCCAACAUGAACUCUGUCAGAGGGUACGAGGUCAUCGACGCAAUCAAGGCUGACCUCGAGAACAUGUGCCCCGGGGUGGUGUCCUGUGCUGACGUUGUAGCCCUUGCAGCUGGCUAUGGAGUACUCUUUGGUUUCCCCCCACUUUAUAUUAUAAAGCAACCACCAAGCAUCCAACAUCAAGCAUCCAACAUCAAGUUACAGUACAAUAAGUCAUAGAAUCAUGCUGGGGGCACAGCAAGACAAACCCCAAAAGAGUACUCGGAGGCGCUAAUCUGGCUUAGGAGGGGGCGGUGGAGGUGGCGGAGGAGGAGCA